AUGGAUCGUGAGGCAGAUGCGAGCGCUUCCUCUGGAGAGAGAAGCGGAGGCGAAACCGCGGCCAGCCCGGAAGCCUUUGCGGUUCCUCCGUCUCCCUCCGCGGACGGUGGCGACCUUGCCAACUUCCUGGACGAAGGCGAGUGGCCGGAGGCCAAGGUCGCCCAGACAGAGGUGCGCCGAGCUUCAGCGCCGGCGGCUGUGUGGGCCCAGGGCUGCGCUUCGCAGAGGAGGCCCGAGGCCGCAUCGCCUUCGCAGGCGCGAGGAGAGCCCGCGGCGAGCUCCGGCUACGCAGGGCCAAGCUCCAGCCGACAGGAGGAAAGAUGUUCGCCUCCAGGCCUGCGGCGCUUCAUCGCGGACCUUUCCUCGCAGCUGGCAGAGGAGGUGAAGCGGCGGCUGGUGGAGGAGGACGAGCUGGAGCGCCGCGCCGCGGAGAAGACCCGCCUGCUGGAGGAGCUGGAGCAGGUCCGCAGACGGAAGGAGAAGCUGACCUUCGAGCAGAGGGCCGAUGAGGAGGCAGCCUCGGAGAUUGAGAAGCAACACAGCGAGCUUGCAGAGGAGCACCGCGCGCUGCGGCAGGAGGUCGCAAGACAGGAGGAGGAGCUGGAGCAGCUGCGGGAAGAGGCCAAGGCACGCAGUGGCCAGGGCCGUGACUGGGCUCGCGACGGUCCCGAGAAGGACGCCCUGGUGGAGACCAAGCUACGGAUCGCCCAGGCUCACGACGAGUUGGCGCAGCUGCGGCAGCAGUUGUGGUUGAACCGCGAAGGGCUCAAGAAGAAGCUCGCGGAUCUGCAGGCGGAGAACAUGCGCCUGAAAACCGGCAAGUCCCCGCUGCACUGA